AUGGUAGCAAUAUCGGAGCUGUUGCAGGGCUGUCUUGCCCAGUUUCUCUCAUUAAUCAACUCAGGCGCGCUGUCCGAUCAUAUCGAGGAGGUUCCACUGCAAGAGUGGACGGACGAACUGGGCCGACUUCGCGUGUGGGCAGCAAAUAUCGGUGCUCAUCAGACCCGCCAGUCCUCGCUAGAUUACCGUCUUAGGGAUGCUUCGCAUAUCAGUAGUCAGAUAGUGAGGCUCUUGGAGCAAUUCCAGGAACUACUCACUGACCUCAAGGAUGUGCUCGAGGAGAAAAGCGAUGAUGAAGCCGAAGAUGAUAAAUUCAAAGGCUUGGGGGACUCAGAAAACGAGAACUUCACAGAGAUCCAAGAAAUUCACCAAGGCCUCGCCGAGACGAUCAACCAACUCUACCAGAUGUCCAUGAUCAUCCGCAAGCCAGCAGAGCAUGAUCGUCUAGUCGGGACAAAAAAGUGGAUUCCGAGCCCUUCCAAUUCUGGGCUAAGCAGCAUGUCUCCAAUAAAUAUCCAAAUGCAGAUGCGCUAG